GAAGACAAAAACACACAAAAAACAAUCCUCCUAAAAAGAUUUGAUGGAUUUUCAUCCACCCCACUGAACUGCAAAUAGCUGAUUGUGUGAAAAAUAGAAAGGUCACAUAAGGUCACAAAACCGGAUGUUAGGGAACACAAUCGGCAUCAAGUGAGAUGAUAUCAAAUUAGCUAGUCAGUUAACGUUCAUUCUCGUUUGUAAUGUCGGACUGGGAGGAGGAAAACGAUGUACCUACGCCUGCUAUCACAGCACCACCCACAGAUUGGAAGUAUUCGUGGAAAGGGAGUGCGAAGGAAAAUGUGUGCUUUGGGGUGGAAAAUGCAGGUGGUUUCAGAGCGACAAGAGGGAGAGGGGAUCCCAACGGAUCGCAUUGUCAAAAUUGGAGGGACAGCUAUGGAGGCAACGACCGCGUGUUCUCCAGAAGUGGAGAUCGUUAUGCCUGUAGAGGUGGGCGCAGAGGCCGUGGAGCAGACGGGUCGGCUUCAACUCCGCCCGUCACUUUCACGGUGGAAAAUACCUCAAUUGGAAGGGUUAUAGGUCGCGGAGGAGCUAAAAUACGUGAACUUGAAGAAACCAGUGGUGCACGAAUCAAGAUCAGCAAGGGGGACUAUGAGGGUGAGGUGCAAAUCUUCGGGAGCAGCAAGGUUCAGCAGAAGGCCCGAGAGAUGAUCGAGGAGUUGGUAGCCGGAGACAAUGGCCCUGGGGGAUUCCGCAGAGAACAUGGGUGUGAUGGAGGAUUUGGGGUUAGAGGUGGAAGAUUUAGGGGUGCUGGUGGCGGAGGCCGGAGCGGCUCCAUCUGGUCAGCUGCAGCCCUGCAGGCGUCUGUGGAGGACAAUCCUCCACAGGCCAUCGACUGGGUCUCCAUGAGGGCGAACCGGCACAAAUACGAGGAGAUGAAGUGGCAGGAUCUCCCACCUCUGAAGAAGGAUUUCUACUUUGAGUCAGAGAUUGUAGCCAGUCGGUGUGAAGAGGAAGUAAAGGCAUGGAGGAAAGCGAAUAACGAUAUCUUUGUGGAUGACCUGAAGGAGGGAGAAGGGGAGAAGCGUCCCUUUCCCAACCCUGUGGUCACGUUCGACGAAGCCUUCCUGCACUAUCCUGGGAUCAUGGAGAAUAUUGUCAGAGUCGGCUUCGCCAAGCCAACUCCUAUCCAGUCUCAAGCCUGGCCCAUGUCGCUGAAAGGAGAUGACCUGAUUGCGAUCGCCCAGACAGGCACAGGGAAGACACUGGCCUACCUCCUACCUGGCUUCAUUCACAUGGAUGGCCAGCCUGUAAAACGUGAUAAGCAGGACGGCCCUGGUAUGCUUGUUCUGACUCCCACUAGAGAGCUGGCUCUGCAGAUUGAGUCAGAGUGCAACAAGUACAGCUACAAGGGCUUCAAAUGUGUGUGUGUCUACGGAGGUGGAGACCGCAGGGCCCAGAUUAAAGCGAUCUCAGCUGGAGUAGACAUUGUGAUCGCUACGCCUGGCCGGCUUAACGACCUGCAGAUGAACGAGCUGAUCAACCUGCAUUCCAUCACCUACCUGGUGCUGGAUGAGGCAGACAGGAUGCUUGACAUGGGCUUUGAGCCUCAAAUCAUGAAGAUUCUUCUGGACGUCCGUCCGGACAGACAGACUAUGAUGACCAGUGCCACCUGGCCCACGGGAGUGAGGCGAUUGGCCAAGACGUACCUGAAGAACCCCAUGAUGGUGUAUGUGGGAACUCUGGACCUGGCUGCUGUGAACACAGUGCAGCAGACUGUUCUCUUUUGUCAAGACGAGGAGAAGAAGGCCUAUCUCUUUAACUUCGUCCACAACAUGGAGCCUGAGGACAAAGUGCUCAUCUUCGUAGGCAAGAAGAUAAUGUGUGACGAUCUGUCCAGUGACAUGUGUCUGCGGGGCCUGGCAGUACAGAGUCUUCAUGGGGACCGGGAACAGUGUGACCGUGAAGAGGCGCUCAAGGACUUCAAAGAAAGUGUUGUCCGUAUCCUAGUGGCCACUGACCUGGCCUCCCGAGGGCUGGACGUGACAGACAUCACACACGUCUUCAACUUUGACUUCCCACGCAACAUUGAAGAGUAUGUGCAUCGCGUGGGCCGCACGGGCCGGGCAGGACGCUCUGGGGCCUCUAUCACCUUGGUAACAAGAGGAGACUGGAGGAAGGCUGCUGACCUGAUCCCCAUCCUGGAGAGGGCUGGACAGGAGGUACCUGAUGAGCUGGUGCUCAUGGCGGAGAGGUACGAGAAGCACAAGCGAGAGAAGGAGAUGUACGGCUCCAGAGGCGGCGGGGGAAGAGGCGUAAGAGACAGAGGAGAGUCUAACUGGAGGUUCUAACCCAUUACAGGAGAGGAAGAAGCAACUUGCAACUUCAGUUCAGGAAUCUCCAGCGUUCAUCCUUUUUUGUGUUACACAUUUUUGUUUUAUUGAAUAAUUCAUAGUGUUGUACAGACAUGGUUUAAAUUACCUUUUUAUAAUUUGAGUGAGCGCCAACUGCUCUUCAUGUAUCAUCUCUGAGAAGACUCAAAAAUGUUCUGAUCUGAAUAAAAUCUCAACUUCUGA